CCCUCCCCUUCUCCCUGCCCCCCCCCCCGCUUCCUCUCUGUCUCCACGCCAGCUGAUGCUGACUGGAGGUGAAGCGGCUCCCCUGUCCCCUCGUUAUCCCGGCGAAAACCUGGACGGACUCCCGCAGAUUUGGGACAGACUGGACCCGCCACUGGAUCACAGCGGAGGGGGAAACUGCACAUCUGAAAGAGAACCAAACCGAACCAAACCAGGACAGCGGGAGAGACAGAGAAUAACACGGCCCCCCCCCCCCCGAUAACGCAGAACAACUUCCAAACGGUUGUGUCCUCUGGAGCCGUCGCCACCGGAAAGAGAUGGAGUACCCUGACGACUUCCUGCUGGCCGAACUGGGCCACCUGCAGUUCUACAACAACUCGUUCUUCGCGAACAACUUCAACGGUACCUACAAUGAGACCGAAGCGCUGCUUCCAACGGGGGUGAAGGUCACCAUCGUAGUCGUCUACAUGAUUGUCUGUGUCAUCGGCCUGGUGGGAAACUUCCUGGUCAUGUACGUCAUCAUAAGAUACACAAAGAUGAAAACGGCCACUAACAUCUACAUUUUUAACCUGGCUCUGGCUGACUCUUUGUUCCUGGCUACUUUACCUUUCCAGGGCACCGAUGUGUUUCUGGGCUUCUGGCCAUUCGGCAACGCUCUGUGCAAGGCGGUGGUGUCCAUCGACUACUACAACAUGUUCACCAGCACCUUCACCCUGACGGUGAUGAGCAUGGACAGGUACGUGGCCGUCUGCCACCCUGUCAAAGCGCUGGACAUGAGGACUCCUCACAAGGCCAAGGUGGUGAACAUCUGUGUGUGGGUUUUGGCCUCGGCCUUCGGCGUACCGGCCAUGAUCCUGGGAAACGUGGAGGAGGAACAAGAGCACAACAGCAUUGAGUGCAUCGUGGUUUUACCUGAACCCAGGACUCACUGGGAGCCUGUCUUCGGUACCUGCAUCUUCCUCUUCUCCUUCCUCAUCCCGGUCGCGAUCAUCAGCAUCUGCUACAGCCUAAUGGUCAAGCGCCUGCGCAACGUCCGCAUCUUGUCCGGCUCCAAGGAAAAAGACCGCAACCUGCGUCGCAUCACCAGGAUGGUCCUGGUGGUGGUGGCGGCGUUCGUCGUGUGUUGGACGCCCAUCCAGAUAAUGGUCCUGGCUCAGUCUCUGGGCUUCAACCUGACCAGCCUGUUCACGCUGGUCCUGAUGCACUUCUGCAUCGCUCUUGGCUACGUCAACAGCAGCUUGAAUCCCGUCCUCUAUGCUUUCCUGGACGAGAACUUCAAGCGCUGCUUCCGGGAGUUCUGCAAGCCGUCGCCGUUCCGCCUCGACACCCAACAGUCGGGCAGAAUGAGGAGCAUCGCCAGGGAGGUGGCGGCCGCUUACAGCUACAAGGCCGACGGCAGGGGGUCGGGAGGAGGGACGCCGAAUCCAGCAUGACUAGGCGUGGAGCUCCCCUUGGUGGGGGUGGACCCCAAAGAGAGGGGAGAGAACCAGGGGACGGGGAACUCCAACACAGAAUUGACUCAGAUCACAGCUCUCUAGCGGCACGAGCCCCCCCGCCCCCCAACGAGAAGACUGGCGUGGGGUGGGGGGGAGGACAAUGAGGAGGAUGGGGUCGAGAGGAAGAGAAUUUAGGAUGGUAUGAGAAUGAGAAGCAUAGGGUGCUUACAGUAUAUGGGUGGAGGGGAGUUGAAUGCGAUGAAAGAUUUGAUGGGACGGCUGUGGACAUCUAGGAAGGAGAUGGGAAAGAUUAUUCUGGAUGCGGGUUCAAGUAGUGAUUAUGGUCCCACCUCAACUGAACCAGACAAACGUUCUUGAAUGUAAGACAUCUACAUUGUCGUUCAAACGAUCUUGGUGGACGUAAACGUCACAGAGGAAAAAAACAUUAUUUGACAAUUCAUCUCCAAAAAGUCCCACUAUUAGAAACAAUAUAUUCCAUCUGAGUCUGGAAUCAGUUGCUGUAUUUUGACUCUGCACUCUUGUGAAGGUACCUUUGUAGAGGCCACAUAGUAGAUGUAGUACUGGGUGCAUAAACCGGAAUAAAAAAAACACAAGGCACUACUGGAUGCCUGUAGAGAGUGAAUACACAACAAUGGAAGCACAGAUUGUGGCUGUCUGGUGGUAAAGACCACAGUCUGAAGUGGUGCCAAGGAAGAGUUAAGCUUUCUGGAACUGUGAAAUAGAGAAAAAAAAACCUUUCGUUACAUCUAAUCAUCAUUCCCGUGACGGGGUAUGUAUUGGUUUCUCUGAUAACGGUGAUAUGCUGCUGUAACAUGUGCCCUCAUAAGGACUGGGCAAUCAAAGUGUAAUGUUAUAUUUCAGCCUUUAGACGAGACGUUGGAUGUAAAACAAUAGCUGGCAUAAGAAAAAGAACAAUGUGCAGCAAGUUGCUCUUGAACAAUAUGUCUUAAACUGUGUCUAUGGACCCUGAGAGGGACACGUGAAUGUUAUUUCUCCGAGGGGCCACAAUUGUGUUCCGACACAAGUGAAGCCUGAGAAACCCCGUUGAACCAUUUUAUGCGAGAUUUUUUGUGUGUUUUGAAAUCUUUCCAUGAUCACCUGGCGUGUGCGGGGAAUAUAACAGUUUGGGGCUGUGGAAAAACAGCUAAAAGUUCACCACAGAAUCAAUACCCACCCGGGGUAUUAAUCAUUCUUGACAAGGCCUCUCUGAGCUGUGUCCACAUGUCAACCAGCUUGUCGCAGGAUACAUGUAGACACAUCAAUUUUGCACCGGGGACUUUUUUGCACCAGGAAGAAAUGUUGGCUAUAAACAUUGUCUUUCUUGUUUCAUCUACAUGACCUGGGAAACAAAAAAAAACAUUCAUAAAAGUGUUUUCAAAUAUUGAUUUCAGCCACAUUUGAAACAAAGUUGUCAAAAAACAAAUGAAGAGAUUACUAAUAAUGAAUGGAAUCUGCUUAGUUGUGAUCAAAUUUUUAAAGAUAAUCCUCAUUUUUUCAAGCACGCUUUGAAAGUUGUUUAAAAAAAACAUAAAUAAUUGCUAGUAUUGGUGAGUAGGGCUGUCUAUUAUUUAUACCUGACAUGUUUUGAUUUUACUUACUGAUUCUGCUUUAAUAUUUGUCUUUUCUUGGCACACACAAAACGCCAUAGCAUUGAUGUCCUUUGACAACUUUUGCAUGAGAUUGGAGAUGGUAAAACCAGCCAUCGUUGUUUUAAGAACGAGGGCAGGACCAUGGAAAACACCGUUGUCCUGUGAGCAGCCCUUAUGCUGAACAUGGCAUGAUUCUGCAAAGAGAAAAUGUGAAAGUAGUUGGUUUCCUCACUCUCAACCCAUCGCAUACAGCUCUUCAUUCAAAAAAUGUUAAUAAAUUAAAAAAAAAAAAAAAUUGCCACUUUAAAGAAAUAUACUUUGGCUUCCUUAUAAAGUCAGUUUUCCUAAAAAAUCAUGAAAUAUUUUGAGAGAAUUGUAUUAUUUAUGUAUUGUCUGGUUAUUAACUGAAAAAAAAAACACGUUCAAUGUUAUUUCAACACAAGUUUUCCUUGAGCUUGAAGUUCCAGCUGUAACGGUACCAGAUUCUGAAGCAUUAUGACCGUGGAAGCGGUUAUUAAAACAUUCCACAUUUUGCAGAUAAAGUACCACCUCUUUUCCGCAUCAAAUUCCUUUUCAAAGCUUAGUCAUACUAUUUAUCACUACCUCUGACCUGCCAGACUGUAAUAACUUUACAUAAGUAUUGCCUCAUUCGAUGAUGAUGUUGAAGUUUAUUAGCAUAAAGAAACCACAUUUUGCUUACAGAUAUGUUGGACAUGAUUUAUUAUGGAUUCAGGUAGAUUUUAGGAAUAUUAUAGCUCAAAAGCCAAUAGUAAAUGAUAUUUUUAUAAAAGGCGAGUCACUGCAUCAUUAUGACUAGAGCCAUUUAAUCUGACCCACUGUAGAAAGAAGAAAAGUCCUGUUGCAAUCCGAAACAUUCCGUUUCAAUGCUAUGAGCGUGAUUCCAGCUUGCAUUUUAAUGUCCUAUUACACCGAUGGCAGUUUUGAGAAUUAUUUUCUAAUAGCAAACUAAACAUACAGAGUGAUUGUCCACAGCUUUAAAAUCAUACUUAAAUCAUACUGCUGUUGUGGGGAAUCAGAGGUAAAACCAGUGGGGGUCAGAGUCACCGCUGGGGUCGUGUUGAAGAGAUGGACUCUGGGGUUGCGAUAUUUUAAUUAAAGGACAAAUGAACUGGGAGGGUUAGGAAAGAAGUGCUCUAAAGUUUGCCAUUUUGACUCCCAGCACCAAAGUGGCAAAGCAUAAUAUCAGGGUCACAGUGCUUUGACUUCUCUUCAAGGGACAAAGGGGCUCUCUCUAUCUUCAUUGUGUCUUAAAGUGGAAAUAAACUAUAAAACAGAAACCACAUCAGGUAUUCUUAAUUUCCUGUUUAGUUUUGGAAAUAAUGUUGACAGCAUUAGAUCAGAGGGAGAAUCUUCUGGGACACGUUAUACUUGAACUGACAGAAAUAGACAAUUGGGACAAAGAUGAACCAUUAUGAAUGAAUGAUGAAUAUAUUAUGAUUUCCUUCUGUUGGUAACUACAAGCAACAGUUGCUUUGUUGUAUUUGUAGCAGCUUUCAUAUGAUCCCUGUUGAGAUGACCAGAAACUACCUACAUACCUUACACUUUUUACAGAAUAUUUGCAAAAUGUCUUUAUAGUCUUUAGAAAUAACAAUAAUUAUCUCACAGUUUAAAUAUUACAUAUAGAUUUCUCAGCUUUUUAUUUAUUAAUCCAUUUUUGUUAUCGGUCCUUGAAUAUAAAGCUUCCCAUGAAGAGUUAGCCGUUCUUACUUUUGCAGUUACACACUAUAAAACUUUGGAUUAAGGACAUGUUUGACUGCAAUUUGAAUUAUCAAGAUAGAGGUUGAACUUCCCAGGAAUUAAGAAUUAAGAGGUGGAUUCUGUUUUUGGGAUUGGUGUUACUUAAUUUGUAUGUCUUCAUAUAAAUUGGUAAUUUCUGGUUGUCUAAAAUGUCACAGUUUUUUUUAUUAAUUUUUAUUUUCAUAUUUUUCAUACAACAAGUUGACACCAUUUGCUGUCACAAAGGGUUGUGAAUUUUCUGUCAAUUGUAUUGUUUCAGUCGUGUGCAAACCUUAUUCUUUUCUGCUGUUACUCUUUGCAGCAUAUAUGAAUCUCGAACAGUCUUCUUUUUUUUAGAAGAACUAUUCCAUGAACUUACAUUGCCUUAAAUAUCAAGUGAAGUCUGCUAACUGAAGCUCGCUCUCCGGCUGGAUAAAAUGUGUUCUAGUUCUCACUGGUGCUUUGCUGAUAGUUUAUACUAGUUUAGACCUAUAUUCAUAAAGCCUCUGAAGACAGAAGCCAUCAGGCCAGAGAACAAUUUCAUUUUUCAGUUUGUAUUUAUUAGAAUAGUUGUAUCAUCCAUCGAGGGUUUUAUUUAUUUAAUACCAAAAAGUAAAAUAUCAGUGGUAAAUGCAGCGUCAUUGAACUUUCGGGCAUUUUAGAAAAUGUAUAUUUUUCUCUGUUCUCCCCCUAAACCAUUUAUUCUUAAUGCUCCGUUUGUUGCAGUAUUUUUUUAAACUCUAAAAAGGCGUGUGAACAAAAUGUACUUUAUGGAAGUAGGAAAACAACAGGUGUCUCUGGCUGGAAAGCCAUUAACCAACCACAGUGACAAGAAAAAAAGGAAAUCAACGGUAUUCUGUAGACUCAUGUUGGCAUUUUUUGGUUUCUAAUGCAUUUGACAAAGAUUUGGUGUUUUGGUCAAAUCCCGAAGUAAAUAGUGCUUUUAUCAGUGAACUGUGAGUCAAGUUUUGAUUACGAGUUACAGAAGUUGCAAAGCACAAAACCAAGUCACUUGCAUUUGGUUCUUGUUAAUCAACGGAUUAGGCAUCAUUCAUCAAGGUGUUUGAAACGACAGGUAAAAACUGUUCACAAAUACACCUUUGACAGUUUUACAAUUUUUACAUGAUAGAAGUAACUUUGCCUUCAGCACGGUAAGAAACUCUAAGGGGAUCGGAUAUAGAAAAUAAAGUCCAGAUCAACGACACAUUAUCACGUACUAAAGGUCUACAAGUUUCUAUUACGUAAAGGGGCUUUUUAGUACAACAAAUGAGGAACUGACUCUUCGUCUGAAAGCAUGUUUGUUUUCUGAAAUGUCUGGCUUUGUGACUCACCUUUGCCAUGAAAAUGUUACAUACAUUUCCAGUUCUUUCAUUUUUUCCAGCCCUCCCCCGGUAUCCUUGAUGAUCGAGCCCGUCCGUUCUGUUCUUAUGAUAGUUUUAUGAAUACUGGUGAUCCUUUGUACAACCUAGCAGACUUUGUGUAGUAAAACUGUGCAGCGCAUCAAGGACACUCGCUUGGACAUGAUUCACCGGGCGAGGCAGCUGUUAGGCUCUUUGUGCUCAACUGUUUGUGUUCAAACUGAAGGAACUACAAUAGUUUGUAAAACUGUUUGAUGUUUUUUCGUAGCACAAAACUACAUGCAAAGGAUUCAAAGAGGGGGAAUAAAAUCCUUUUCAUUUAACAACGCAGAGUGAGAAUAAGUAUACUGUCUGUUAGCUCUGUCUGAAUAUGCUCUUUUAAUAUUAUACUUCUGUAAAAGUAUGAAAUUGGUUUUAACGUCUGACCUCUUUCACUUGUUAUUCUUGGUGUAUAAAUCCAAACUAUUUCUUGCUAACCGUAAUGGUACGCAUUGUUACCUCCGUGCAGCUGAACGCAGGGAGAUUCCUUUCAUUUGUUUACAUUUUACAGACCACAUGAAUGUCAAAUAAAAAGAAAAUGUUUUAAAAUCCAAAUUGAGGAAGGAAAAAAAGAUUCUAUGUUGAUGUUGUUGUUAUUACUAUUAUUGCUAUCAAAACAGAAAAACAGUGUCGCCUUGUGUUCUUUGCUGUGCGGGAAACUGUCCAGUACGUAUCUCUGUAUUACUUGUGGACUGCAUUUUGCUCACUGCCUGAGUUGUGAAAUUAAACAGCUGUUAGGGCUCAAAAAUGAGAAACAAUUUCUGCGCUUGUUGCUGUCGAGGCCCUUUUUCAACCACAAAUCUGCUCACACAAUUUGGCGUUGAUCCCAGAGCUUGAAGUCGUUUCUUCGUUUCUUCGCUCAUAUGAGGAUGUGGACUAAAUCAGUGCAUCAGAACAAUAAUAAAAUGUGAUACCGUUCUAUUGGUUUGAACACUGACUGAUGCUAUCCGGUCUCACUUUGCUAUUACGGGGAUAUGAGCAGUGCUUGUGGUUGGUUGGGGUGAAGUGACAGAGCUGUUUAUAUCACAUCACUCUGGCUGUAGCUUCAUAAACGUAAUGUUCCUGUUCUGCAGACAGCAGACUGAACCUUCAUGCUAGCGGGCUUGUUAUUAAAGCAUAGAUAUUUUGCUGAAGCUUGAAUUUUAAAUUGUAUAUUUUUCUCUGCAUAUGAAAUAAAUAAAUGACGGCCAUGUAUGGCUUAUACAGA